AUGAUGGCAGCAGUUACCGUGCCACCUGAUGCUCUUGUCGGCCCUCAAGGAAAUGAAGAGAUGGACUCUCUGAUCGUACUGCAUUAUAAUCACACAGGAAAGCUUAUUUUAAGGGAAAAGGCAACUGAUAACAUAGACCUGCCCACUAUUGCAUUUCUGAUUCUAUGUAGUUUCAUAGUCCUGGAAAACUUGAUGGUGUUGAUUGCCAUAUGGAAAAACAAUAAAUUUCACAACCGCAUGUACUUUUUUAUUGGCAAUCUAGCUCUCUGUGAUCUUUUAGCCGGGAUUGUUUACAAAGUGAACAUUCUUAUGUCUGGGAAGAAAACUCUCAGCUUGUCCUCCACAAUCUGGUUCAUUAGGGAAGGCAGUAUGUUUGUUGCCCUGGGAGCCUCCACUUUCAGCUUACUAGCGAUAGCUAUUGAGCGGCAUUUGACCAUGAUUAAAAUGAGGCCUUACGAUGCGAAUAAAAAAUACAGGGUGUUCCUUCUCAUCGGUACAUGCUGGCUUAUUUCAAUUUCCUUGGGUGCCUUACCCAUCCUCGGCUGGAACUGUAUAAACAACUUAGCAGAUUGCUCAACAAUUUUGCCUCUAUACUCCAAGAAGUAUGUUGUGUUCUGCAUUAGUAUCUUCAUAGCCAUUUUGGUUGCCAUUGUCAUCCUUUAUGCCCGUAUCUACAUCCUGGUAAAGUCCAGCAGUCGUAAUGUCACUAACCACAAUAAUUCGGAGCGGUCCAUGGCGCUCCUUAGGACUGUUGUGAUUGUUGUUAGUGUCUUCAUUGCCUGUUGGUCUCCUCUGUUCAUUCUAUUCCUCAUCGACGUGGCCUGCAGAGUCAAGGAGUGCUCCAUCUUGUACAAAGCCAACUGGUUUAUUGCUCUGGCGGUCAUCAACUCUGCAAUGAACCCCAUCAUCUACACUCUGGCCAGUAAGGAAAUGCGUCGGGCUUUCUUUCGCCUUGUUUGUGGCUGCCUGGUGAAAUCCAAGGUGGCCAGAUCUUUGCCUAUUCAGCCCACGCCAGAUCACAGUCGAAGUAAAUCCAGCAGCAGCAAUACCCAGAAGCCAAAGGAAGAUUUCCCACCGAUGAAUGUGCCCUCAUGUAUCGCUGAGAAAAAUGAAUCUUCAUUUCACAACGGAAACUUCUGUAAGUAA